GGUAUAAAUGCACUCAAGACUUGACAUAAAGUCUCUUUUUAUCGACGUCAAGCUGAUGUCCUAAGGGAGUCCGAGCUACAGAGUAUAUCAAGCAUGGCAGAACAGGCAUUCGUCACCUUGGCCACAAAUGACAGCUAUGCAAAGGGAGCUAUGGUGCUGGCGAAAUCCCUUAGGAAACAUAAGACUUCAAAAAAGCUGGUGGUGCUUGUUGGACCUCAUGUGUCAGACCAGUCCAGGGCAGUGCUUCAUAAGAUCUAUGAUGAAGUCAGGCUAGUUGACGUGAUGGACAGUGGAGACACAGCACAUUUGGCCAUGAUGAAGAGACCUGAUCUGGGUGUAACUUUAACCAAGCUUCACUGCUGGACACUCACACACUAUUCUAAAUGUGUGUUUAUGGAUGCAGACACACUGGUGGUAUCAAACAUAGAUGAGCUGUUUGACAGGGAGGAACUGUCUGCAGCCCCAGACCCCGGCUGGCCUGAUUUUUUCAACUCUGGUGUGUUUGUGUUUCGCCCGUCUAACGAAACCUACAGCAAACUUCUCCAGUACUGCACAGAGCAUGGCAGCUUUGACGGAGGGGACCAAGGAGUCCUGAAUGGCUUCUUCAGUGAUUGGUCAACAGCUGAUAUCACAAAACACCUUCCAUUUAUCUAUAAUAUGAGCAGCAUAGCCAUCUACACGUACUUGCCAGCAUUUAAACAAUAUGGUGCAAAUGCUAAAGUUGUCCACUUCCUGGGACAGAUGAAGCCAUGGAGCUACACAUACGACCCCAAACAGAGGAGAGUGCGAGGGGACGUUCAGGAAGCGUCUCACCCUAGCUUCCUCCUGGAGUGGUGGGCUCUGUACAGCAGUGAAGUUGUGCCCAUGCUGUUCAGAGAAUAUGGAGACCAGCCCUUCCACUCUGGCUGUGAGGAGGAUGUUGCACCGAGUCAGGAUGCUCCACUGCCCAUGUCCUCAGCAGAGCGCAAGCAGAAAUGGGAACAGGGCCAGGCCGACUACAUGGGAAUAGAUUCUUUUGACAACAUCCAGAAAAAGCUUGAUGCUUUCCUUAAAUAAAAAGAAAUGGUUGAGGGAAUUACAUAACGUGAAUGCUCACUGUGCAGUUUUACAAAGUGACAGUUCAAACACAUGUAGAUUCACUGUUAUAAUUCCCUUUGAAAUUUGGGAGCGUAUUCUUUCAGCUAUGCAAGACUGUCACUUUGCAGUACACUAACUCGCACUCUUUUUCUUUUCAUUCACUGUGAAACAAGCACUUAUUUACGGGCUGAUAGAAACCUUCUUAUGCAAAAUGUGACUUCUAAAGUACACAGCAAUUUCAUGGACUUAUAAAGGGAGUUUUUUUUUUUUUUUGUAAUAUAUAUAUAAAGUUUUCAACUUUCAUAACACCUGGUGACGGUUUUGGAACUAGGUGACACCACUCGUGCUAAAUGAACCCUCAAACCAUAAUUUAAUUUUUUACAAAAAAGAAAAUUCUGGAAGACACAAACUGCUUUUUCCACCUUAAUUUAAUCAUUUUUAAAGGUUUAAAAUGUUACAGGCUCUGCUGUUUUUUUUUUUUUUUUUUUUAUCUUCAUUACUCUGUUUUUACAUGAUGGUAACUGUUCUCUGGUUUACAGCUGUUAUUACUAUGUGCAAUAUAUGGGCACUUUUCUGUUUCUCUUUUUUAUAUAUAUACAUCUUUUGUCUGUAUUUUUCUUUUGUCUUAUUUUUUUCUAUCUCUGUUUCUCUUUAUCCAGUGUUACGGGGCCUUUGUCCCCUCCAACUGCAAAAUAAAU